CUUCCUGGUCCCUUUUACAGAGCUGCUACAGAGACGACACGUUCUCCAGAUAUGAUAUACUUCGCUAAAUCGGUGUUGUUCAUGACCGUAACAAACGACAAAACCUCGUGAUAGUUAGCGGAAAGAAUUCAUUUCAAUUCGACUUUGUGGCGCAAACAGUAGCGUGCACAGCAGUCUUCUCUGGAUCGCAGUUUCCGUUGUAAACGCGACGUACUCGGUCAUAUCCUUAACGUUACCUCCUUUAGGCUAGGUAUGGCAGCAGCAAAGAAACGGCCUUUUCUUGGAGGUGAAGAUAUGGAUGGCAAAAAAGUGAAAGACGGUAAACCACACAUUGCAGCACUAAUUCUCGCAAGAGGAGGCAGCAAAGGAAUACCCCUGAAAAACAUCAAAAUGCUCGCCGGCGUCCCACUCCUUGGUUGGGUUCUUCGGGCUGCAGUGGAUUCAGAAUUGUUUGACAGCAUUUGGGUUUCCACCGACCAUGACGAAAUUGAGAAAGUGGCGAAGGCAUGGGGAGCCCAGAUACAUCGCAGGAGCCCUGAGGUGUCCAGAGAUUCAUCCAGCUCUUUGGAGACCAUUCAGGAGUUUGUUCGACUAAACCCCGGAGUCAACAUAAUCUGCAACAUCCAGGCUACAGCUCCUUGCUUGCAUCCUGAUCAUCUGAAGAAGGCGCUAGCAAAGAUUACAGAGGAGGGAUUCGAAUCUGUCUUUUCUGUUGUCCGGCGACAUCAUUUUCGCUGGCAAGAGGUCAAAAAAGGAGCAGGUGGUAGCACAGUACCGCUGAACCUGGACCCCAGUAGACGGCCGCGACGGCAAGACUGGGACGGGGAGCUGUGUGAGAAUGGCUCAUUUUACGUCACCUCCAGGGACCUAAUUGAGAAAGGCAUCCUACAGGGUGGUAAGGUUGCCUACUUUGAGAUGGGCGCAGAAUACAGUGUGGACAUUGAUGUUGACAUUGACUGGCCUGUGGCAGAGCAGCGAGUCCUCAGGUAUGGAUACUUUGGCAAGGAGAAGCCUGAGGUGAUCCGGCUGCUGCUGUGUAACUUGUCUGGCUGCCUGACUGAUGGUCAGAUCUACGUCUCUGCAGAUGGCCUGGAAAUGGUGUCUCUCAAUACCAGAGACAGCAUGGGCAUUCGCAUGCUGCAGAAGGAAGGGGUGGAGGUAAUUGUUAUCUCCUCCAUCGGUAACCCAAUACCUAAGGUCAUGGUGGAGAAGCUGUCCAAACAGAUUGGCUGUGAGAUCAGGCACAACGUGGAGGACAAGCUGUCGGAGGUGGCCAAACUGAGGAAGGAGCGGAAUUUAAAGUGGAAGGAAGUUGCCUAUAUGGGGAAUGAUGAUCCUGACGUGCAGUGUCUGAACCAGUCAGGCCUGAGCUCAGUACCACAGGACGCCCCAUUGGUGUCGCGCAACGAUGCAAAGUACAUCUGCCACAGUGCAGCCGGACGUGGAGCGCUCCGUGAGUUCGCCGAGCACAUCCUCCAGCUCAAUAAGAAGGCGAAUGCCCAGAUGGAACAGGACCGUAUUCACCGGGACUAGAGAACCAUGUUCUACAGAACGUCAUACACAAACACUGGUUUGAAGUCCAGAGAUUUUUUUUUUUUUUUUUUAUCCAUAGAGAAUAAAACAACUUGUUUUAUGAAGGUUUUUUGGGGGAUGGAACACUGUUAUUUUUAAAAAGCAUGUUUAGGAACUAUGAAAGAGUCUGUCAUAGAGUUUGAUAUUAUGGUACUUUCCCUGUUUGUUUUGUUUGUCUAAGCUCUUUUGGGAUUCAGAACGUAAUUGUGCAAUAAUAAGCAUCACUGCUGUUCUACAUUCUGUACUACAACCAGAGAAUGUUGGGUUAAGUAACUUUUUAAAUGUUGGUUUAUUUAUUUGAAUCAUGUUUUGUUUUACUUCAUUUGUACCUUGUGCCAUGAUUUCUGUGUCUAAUUUGAGUCAGCGAGAUAGACCCUAAUAAGGUCACAAAGUUUGUAAGUGCAAUGUUACUCAGCCUUCCACCAAAUGCCCAGAGGUGAAUAGUGAAUAUUACAAAGCAAUGUUUGUAGUAAGGCUUCAGGAGAAACCGCUGAUCUCAAAACAACAUGCUUCUUUACAAACAAUAGCUGCUUAGUGCAGUGUUCUUUUACAGAUCAAGGGUUACUCCCAAAGAUACCCGGGUUAAAACAGUGUCCUUGCUGAGUAGCGCAGCCCUCAGUUACUGGGUCAUACUUGCCUGUCUUGCUUUCUCUGUGUCUGGCUUGAUAAGACAGCCAAUAGGAAAAUGAUCGCGACAAUGCAACAAUCUAUGGGAAGAGGCAACAGUAGCCGAAUAGCAGAGGGACAUAGGCCUACAUCACUUACAUUUUAGACUUGGCUGAUAACUCUAACUGCCUUUUAUUAUCUGCAUUUUUAUUUUAUUGGUAUGUUGUGUGUGUGUGUGUGUCACUUUAAUCAUGCAUGCAUAGAUCAAUGUGAAGAAUGUCUGUAUGUCAGUCAUUAUUUUUUCUUACUACUUCAUCUGUGAAGAUGAUUGGUCAUGUUUGUUUUGGGGUUUGUUGAAGAUAAACAUAUAUGGGACAAUGGGCAAUCUAUAUAGUAGGCCUAAUGUUUGCUCAAUAAACAUGUAUUUCUUGAAUUUGA